CAAUUGUCAUUUCACUUUUGUUCUUUCUACAGAGAGGUCGGACUGUCCCAUCUUCGAGCUACCAUUAGCAAUUGUCUACUUGUUUACCUACAAAGUACGAAGCAAUACGAAGUUUUUUUAAUAAAAACAUAUUGUUACAAAGUAUCUAGUACCCACCAGUUAAACGCAAAUAAAAAUGGCUAGUAAGCGAUCUUUCAAAAAAAUGAAAACUGACAACAAGUUUACAACAGUACCUUCGUCAAGUAAAAGUACAUCUAAAUUACCACGGCUAAGAGUAUUGUCUCUUUUCGACGGAAUUGGUACAGGAUAUUAUUCGUUGAAGGAGCUAGGAUUUGAUAUUGAGGUAUUUUAUGCAAGUGAAAUAGAUAGAGAUGCGUUAAUGUUAACUAGGUAUCAUUUUUCUGACAACAUAAUACAAUUGGGUUCGGUCACUGAAAUAACCAAUGAAACGUUAGACCAAAUCGGACCGAUAAAUCUGCUGUUUGGCGGUUCGCCGUGUGCUGACUUGUCUAGUGUCAAUUUUCGCAAAAGAGGCAUUUACGAUCCAGAUGGUAGCGGUAUAUUAUUCUUUGAUUAUUACCGUAUAUGGAACUAUCUGCAAGUAAAAUGUCGUAGAGAAAAUACGCCAUUUUAUUGGUUGUUUGAAAAUGUGGCCAGCAUGGAACUUAAGAAUAAAGAAUACAUUUCAAAAUUUUUCGAGUGUCAACCAAAUGUUAUCGAUUCAUUGCACUACAGCCCGCAGCGACGAAAAAGGUUUUUUUGGUCCAAUCUCCCGGGCAUAAGACAGCUGUCUUAUGCCCGGGAGAUUGGCCAAAUUGGCACUGAUGAACCAAGACUGGAAGAUUAUUUGGAAAAAAAUUUAGACAGACGGGCUAAUGUAGAAAAAGUUGGAACCAUUACUUCAAAAAGGAGUUGUUUACAAGAUGGAAAAUCUAGAAAUCCUGUAAGUCAAGACGGACAAUAUACGGGGCUUUAUAUAACAGAGAUUGAAGCAAUCUUUGGUUUACCUCCACAUUUUACAGAUGUCGGUGAUCUAUCAAUCGCAAGUCGCCAAAAACUUAUAGGAAGAGCGUGGAGUGUUCAAGUUAUUAAAGAACUAUUGAAUUUACUUGAAAACAUAUUUGCUAAGAAAUAAUAUUACAUUUUAACCAAUAAAGAGACCUUACACUAAUA